UGGCCCUGACCUGCACCUUCAACCGCUGGGGCACGCUGCUCGCCGUGGGCUGCAACGACGGGCGCAUCGUCAUCUGGGACUUCCUGACCAGGGGCAUCGCCAAAAUCAUAAGCGCUCACAUUCACCCCGUCUGCUCGUUAUGCUGGAGUCGAGACGGUCACAAACUGGUGAGUGCUUCGACUGAUAACAUUGUGUCACAGUGGGAUGUGCUCUCUGGAGACUGCGACCAGAGAUUUCGAUUUCCUUCGCCUAUCUUGAAAGUUCAGUACCACCCUCGAGACCAAAACAGAGUUUUGGUUUGUCCCAUGAAAUCAGCACCGGUGAUGCUAACGCUGUCAGACUCCAAACAUGUUGUCCUACCUGUGGAUGAUGAUUCUGAUCUCAAUGUUGUGGCCUCCUUUGACAGGCGGGGGGAAUACAUUUAUACAGGCAAUGCCAAGGGGAAGAUCUUGGUCUUGAAAACAGAAACUCAGGAUCUUGUUGCUUCCUUCAGAGUGACAACUGGAACCAGCAACACCACAGCUAUUAAAUCAAUUGAAUUUGCUCGGAAAGGAAGCUGCUUUUUAAUAAACACAGCUGACCGGAUAAUCAGGGUGUACGAUGGCCGUGAAAUUCUAACUUGUGGACGAGAUGGGGAGCCUGAACCGAUGCAGAAGCUGCAGGAUUUAGUGAACAGGACACCGUGGAAGAAGUGCUGUUUCUCUGGUGAUGGUGAAUAUAUAGUGGCAGGUUCAGCACGACAGCAUGCUCUGUACAUUUGGGAGAAGAGUAUUGGAAACCUCGUGAAAAUCCUCCACGGGACCAGAGGAGAGCUGCUCUUGGAUGUAGCAUGGCAUCCUGUCCGACCGAUCAUAGCUUCUAUUUCAAGUGGUGUUGUGUCAAUAUGGGCUCAGAAUCAAGUGGAAAACUGGAGUGCCUUUGCGCCUGACUUCAAAGAGCUGGAUGAAAAUGUAGAAUAUGAAGAGAGAGAGUCAGAGUUUGACAUUGAAGAUGAAGAUAAGAGUGAACCAGAACAGACAGGUGCUGAUGCUGCAGAAGAUGAAGAAGUGGAUGUAACUAGUGUGGAUCCCAUUGCUGCCUUUUGUAGCAGUGAUGAAGAACUGGAGGACUCCAAGGCUCUGCUUUACUUACCCAUUGCUCCUGAAGUUGAGGAUCCAGAAGAAAACCCCUAUGGACCUCCACCAGAUGCGGUUCAGAGUUCUUUAACUGAUGAGGGAAUAGGUUCGGAGAAGAAGAGGCAGUCCUCCUCUGAUGGACCUCAGGCACCAAAGAAGAAGCCCAAAACCACCAACAUUGAACUACAAGGAGUACCUAAUGAUGAAGUCCAUCCGCUGCUGGGUGUGAAGGGAGAUGGUAAAUCCAAGAAGAAGCAAGCAGGCAGGCCUAAAGGAUCAAAAGGUAAAGACAAAGAUUCUCCAUUUAAACCGAAACUCUACAAAGGGGACAGAGGUGCUUUACCUCUGGAAGGAGCAGCGAAGGGUAAAGUGCAGGCGGAGCUGGGACAGCCUUUGACAGCAGGUGGUGCAAUCUCAGAAUUGUUAUGAAGACACUCUUCUUUAUCUCCUGUAUUCUUUCCUAUAUUGGCACCAUAAUGUGGAAAAUAGAUGAAAUGCUCAGUCAGAGUGGACUGACUAAUACAGCAGACUGAUUGUUCAUGGAUUCAGGGAGUGACUUUUGUAAGAAAUGAAUAUGGAAGAGGAAACGGCCUUCAUUCCUCCUUAACUGCCUUUUCAUCGAACAGUGUAAGAUGCUGACUCUCAGGUCAUGCGAUUUGCAAAGAGACUAACUGGACUGCCUUGGUGUUGACAUACAUAACUGUUUCUAAAGUGAGCUGGUCCCCAACACUCUGCCACUCCAGAGCUUAUCAGCCAUUGUCUUUUAAAUUUUUUUUGUUGUUGUUCCUGGAUUGAAGAAUACCCAAAGUGUGUAUUUUUAUUCCUGAUGCCAUAUGACUGUGUAUCCUGCAAACUUCCCUUUCUUUGCUGUUAAUUUUCAUUUUGGUGAGUUGUAAGUCCUUCUAUGCCAGCUGCGUUACCUUGUCAGCUUUUCUGUUAGCUCAGUGUGAUGGCUUCUAUGCUGACAUGCUUAGUGAGACACUGCUGCUGAUUAUGUGCCAGGUUUGAUUUCGUCUCAAGUGGAUGGAGAUCUAAUGUGAAGAAUCAAGACACCCUCUGAAGUCUGCAAAGAAUGAAUCUUCAUAUUGUGACUAUUUUAGACAUGAAGGAUGACUCUGCUUAUGGG